CACCCGUGGCGGAGCCGCCGCCGUCGGAGCGGGCCCUGCGCGCUCCGGCUGCCCCCGGCGCGGCCCCUCCCUCCAUCCCGUGCCCGUCUCCCCCGUCCUCCCUCUCACUCCUCCAGCCAGUAAAUCCGAUCUAGGCAGAUUCCUCUCACGUCAAACCACAUGAUCCCAUAAAACAUUCAUCGCCUCUCCAUCCCUGCGCCCCGCUCGCUCGCUCCCGGGAUACAGUGCAGCAGGCUCCGCGCUCCCCGCCGCCGCCGGCUCUGCCUCCGCGGGAUCCGCCGCAGCCCCGGCCCCGUGCGUGCGGCGGGCGGGAGGGAGGACGGAGGGAGGAGGCAGGCAGGCAGGCAGGGAGGGAGGGGGAGCCUCGCCUGGAUGCUGACUCCAGCUCGGGGGCUGCUCAUUCCCCCGAUGAGCGAGGGCAGCGGCACAGGGAGAGCCCCCUCCCCGCGCGCCGCCGCUCCGCGCUCGGGCUGAAGUUUUGCACGAGGAUCUGCCCCGCUCUCGCAAGGAUUGUACCGGCUGCCGUUCGACUUUGCGCCUCCAGACGUGCCUUCCCCGACCCCUAAGAUGAAGAGGGCGAUAGCUGAAGGAAGCAAACUGCUGAUUUUGGUGUUUUGCUUGAACAUCCAGUCAGAAGUGGAGUCUUGCCCUGGGGCGUGUGUAUGCUACAGCGAACCGAAGAUUACGAUAAGUUGUCAGCAGCAAGGACUGACAGCAAUCCCAACAGAAAUACCCAUCCAGAGCCAGCGCAUCUUCUUGCACAACAACAAGAUAACCCUUGUGAGGUCCACCAGCUUCACCUCCUGUCGCAACAUGACAAUUCUUUGGAUCCACUCCAACAACAUCAGCCUCAUUGAGCCUGGAGCCUUCUAUGGACUCAACAAACUGGAGGAGUUAGAUCUCAGUGACAACACAAACCUGAAGUCUAUCAAUCCUGUCACAUUCCGUGGUCUUGUUCACCUCCACACCUUACAUCUGGAUCGAUGUGGGCUCCUGGAACUCUCCACAGGGCUUUUUCGGGGAUUGUUUUCCUUGCAAUAUCUCUACCUUCAGGAUAAUAAUCUACAGAACCUGCUGGAUGACACUUUCAUAGAUCUCGCAAACCUCACCUACCUGUUUUUGCAUGGUAACAAAAUCAAGAGCUUGUCAGAGAACGUCUUUCGUGGGCUAAUCAACCUUGACCGUCUGCUUCUGCACCAGAACAGAGUCAGCCUGGUUCACCGCCGGUCUUUUCAUGACCUUGGGAAAGUGAUGACCUUAUAUCUAUUUAACAACAACCUGACCGUGCUCACAGGGGAAACCAUGGCUCCUCUGGUGUCCCUCCAGUACCUUCGCUUAAAUGGCAACCAGUGGAUCUGCGACUGCCAGGCUCGAUCCCUCUGGAAUUGGUUUAGGCAGUUUAAAGGAUCGUCUUCGGAGCUAGAGUGCCACCUUCCCCCCCAUCUGGCAGGGAGAGACCUCAAAAGGCUGCAGAGCUCUGAUUUGGAAGGAUGCGUUGACUCUUUCAACCAGAUUCGAACAAGUGUUUUUAGCACUAAGACCAGGUCUGGUAAACUGCCCACUGGGAACCCUCCUCUCAGCUCCCAUGAUGGCUCUGUGAAGUGCUGCCAGCCAGAAAUGGAUAAAUCUUUUAUAUAUGAAGCUAAAGGCAAGGCAGGUCCUUCUUCCCACAGCAGCCGGCCAUCCUCCAACAACCCUCUCAAGGAUAAGGAGAAUAUGUCCAAAACCAAGUACAUUGAGACAGACCGUUCCAAAAAUAGCAGCAACAAGCAGAUAAAUGAUUCCCCUUUUGGGACCUUCCCCAGCAUUGUAGACCCUCCAAUGACCAAGUUGAAACCAGAGUUUCUAGAGCCUAUUGAACCUUCCACAGUCCCAACCAAAAAGAGGCAGGGCUGCUCUAAAAAGAACAAAUCAAAGGCCCAGUGCCGCCUCACCCAGCAAGGAAACAGCUCCACGUUACAGCUCAGCCUAAGCCUUUUGAUCCCUCCCUUGGUGUGGAGCUUACUGUUAUUCUGCUAA